UUGUUUAUUUCGUAUAAGCUACCUUUAAUGACUUCUCAAAAUUUAUCUUCUGUAAUUUCAAUAACUUCAUAUGAUUCAUCUUCAAUAGCUUCGCAUUAUUCAUCUGAAGCUGAAAGAGAAACUGAAAAUGAAACACGUUCAAAACAUCCUAGAGGAAGACUACUGGAUCCUGUUUAG